UCUCCAUGGACGGGGGAGCGGGGGGUGGCCCCGGGGUUCCCGGCUCCGAGAGCCCCAACCGGGCCGUGGAGUACCUGCUCGAGCUCAACAACAUAAUUGAGAGCCAGCAGAAGCUGCUGGAGACCCAGCGGCGCCGGAUCGAGGAGCUGGAGGGGCAGCUGGAGCAACUGAGCCAAGAGAACCGGGACCUGCGAGAAGGGGACAGAGAGAGGGACCGGCACCGCGACCGGGACGGGCAGUAUCACCAUAAAGAGCGGGACAGCCACUAUCAGAACCGGACGGAACGAGAUGGGCAGUACCAGAACCGGGAAGGGCAAUAUCAGAACCGCACCGACCGGGAAGGGCAGUACCAGAACCGGGAGAACCGAACGGACCGCGACGCUCAGUAUCAGAACCGUGCAGCAGACCGGGAGAGCCAAUACCAAAGCAGAGCAGACCGGGAAGGGCAGAACCAGUAUCAGAAUCGGGACAAGGAGCGAGAUCUUCCACACUAUGGGAACCGGGAUGGGCAGUACCAGAACCGCGAGAGCCACUACAGGGAACCGUGCCAGCUGCAUCGAGAGCGGCCCCCGCAGUGCCAUCAGACUCGGGAAAAGGAGCAUGAGUACCCUCGGCCCCCUCGGGAAAGGGGGCAACUGAGCCGUGGGGCAUCCCGGAGCUCCAGCCCUGGAGCAGGAGGUGGCCACAGCACCAGCGCCAGCACCAGCCCGGCAACUACUCUGCAGAGAAAGUCGGAUGGGGAAAAUUCAAGAACUGUCAGUGUGGAAGGAGACCCACCGGGGAGUGAGGCAGGCACCAUAGUGGACAGUCUGGGCAGCCAGCCCCCAUACCGUUGUGCCCCUGAGGUGGGCAAGGUGGAACACUACGAUUUGGCACCCUCCUCCUCCUCCUCAUCGGUCUGUCACACUCCAUCCUCGGGACUACCGUGGGCCCAGCGUGCACGGCUACAGCCAGCCAGCGUGGCGCUGAGGAAGCAGGAAGAGGAGGAGAGCAAGCGGUCCAAGGCACUGUCAGACAGCUAUGAGCUCUCAACAGACCUUCAGGACAAAAAGGUGGAAAUGCUGGAGCGGAAGUAUGGGGGCUAUUUCCUGAGCCGACGGGCAGCUCGUACCAUCCAAACAGCCUUCCGCCAGUAUCGCAUGAACAAGAAAUUUGAGCGUCUGCGGAGCUCAGCAUCUGAGAGCCGCAUGUCACGGCGCAUCAUCCUUUCCAACAUGCGGAUGCAGUACUCUUUUGAGGAGUAUGAUAAGGCCCAGAAUGCUCCAUACUUUGAAGGCAAACCUGCUUCGCUGGAUGAAGGCACCAUGGCUACUGCUCGGCCACAUCUGUUGGACCGAGGCCUCCCCUAUGGUGGUUCCUGCCGGGCUGGGUUGGAUGCAGGCUCCCUGCACUCUUCUUCCGGAGGCUUCUGCAAUGACAUCACUGAGCUUGAGGACUCCUUCUCUAAGCAGGUGAAGUCUUUGGCAGAGUCAAUUGAUGAAGCAUUGAACUGCCACCCGCUGGGGCAGGAGGGCGGGCCAGGAGGCCCCACUUUGGAGAAGAGUGAAUCCAAGGAUCAGCAGGGCGACAGCGCAGCCACUUCAUUCAGCGAUGUCACGCUUUAUCUGGAUGAAGGCGCUCCCACGUCGCCACUGUCGUUGGAGCGCCCGGCCAGCACCGAGCCCCCUGAGCCCACCACAGGCGUGCCAAUUCCACCACCCCCACGCCCAGAGUUUUGGGGUGGGCCGCAGCGGGAGGACAGCCGGGAGAAUGGGGGUGGAGGCGGCGGCGGCGGCAGCCGGCGCAGCACGCCUUGUAUGGAAUGCCGGGACUACCGCCUGCGUGGCGCCCACCUCCCUUUGCUCACGAUCGAGCCCCCCAGCGACAGCUCUGUGGAUCUAAGUGACCGGUCUGACCGCGGCUCUCUCAACCGGGGCCUCAUGUACGAGCAGGAUGGCUGCAGCCCUCAUGGCACCCUUAAACACCCCGGCAGGCCCACCCACUCCCCACACCCACACCGGCAUUACCACCCUGAGCAAAGCCAGCCUCCCCCGCCAAUCCCUAUACCACCGCCCCAGGCUCCAGGCCGCCUGCCCCCGCCUCCUCCACCAGACAACUCUGACGGUGACAAUGACAGCCUCAACAGCACCACCAACUCCAACGAGACCAUCAACUGCAGCUCAGGCUCCUCCUCGCGUGACAGCCUGCGGGACCCUCCCCCACCUGCCCCAGCUGCCCCGGCGGGCCCCGGCGGGCCCUGCAAGCAGACCUACCAGCGGGAGACAAGGCACAGCUGGGACUCUCCUGCCUUCAACAAUGACAUUGUGCAGCGCCGCCAAUACCGCAUUGGCCUCAACCUCUUCAACAAGAAACCAGAGAAGGGGAUUCAGUAUUUGAUCGAGAGGGGCUUCCUGUCAGACACACCAGUGGGAGUGGCACGCUUUAUCCUGGAGCGGAAGGGUCUGAGCCGGCAGAUGAUUGGUGAAUUUCUCGGCAAUCGGCAAAAGCAAUUCAACCGGGAUGUACUUGACUGUGUGGUCGAUGAGAUGGAUUUCUCCAACAUGGACCUGGAUGAUGCACUGCGAAAGUUCCAGUCUCACAUUCGGGUUCAAGGCGAGGCACAGAAGGUGGAGCGCCUCAUUGAGGCCUUCAGCCAGCGCUACUGCGUAUGCAAUGCCCCAUUGGUGCGCCAGUUCCGGAACCCGGACACCAUCUUCAUCCUGGCUUUCGCCAUCAUUCUUCUUAACACUGACAUGUACAGCCCCAGUGUCAAGGCAGAGAGGAAGAUGAAACUAGAUGACUUCAUCAAGAACUUGAGGGGGGUGGAUAAUGGAGAGGAUAUUCCUCGUGACCUACUGGUAGGGAUUUAUCAGCGGAUCCAGAGUCGGGAGCUGCGUACCAAUGAUGACCACGUGUCUCAGGUCCAAGCAGUUGAGCGCAUGAUUGUAGGCAAAAAGCCGGUGCUCUCCCUGCCACACAGGCGCCUGGUUUGCUGCUGCCAGCUGUAUGAAGUACCAGACCCCAACCGACCCCAGAGGCUUGGACUGCACCAGAGGGAGGUCUUCCUCUUCAAUGACCUGCUAGUGGUGACAAAAAUAUUUCAGAAGAAGAAGAUCCUUGUGACGUACAGUUUCCGCCAGAGCUUCCCUCUUGUCGAGAUGCAGUUGCAGCUCUUUCAAAAUUCCUAUUACCAGUUUGGGAUUAAGCUGCUCUCAGCUGUUCCUGGUGGGGAGAGGAAAGUCCUGAUCAUCUUCAAUGCCCCCAGCCUGCAGGAUCGGUUGCGCUUCACCAGUGACCUGCGGGAAUCCAUUGCAGAGGUGCAAGAGAUGGAGAAAUACCGUGUGGAAUCGGAGCUAGAGAAGCAGAAAGGGGUGAUGCGCCCCAAUGCUUCCCCUUCCUCUGGGCCUAAGGAUACUGUGAAUGGGACCUUGACUCGCAGCAGCCUGGAGGAUGCCUACACUGUGGGUGAAGGGCUGAAAAGAAGUGCCCUCAGCAGUUCCCUCCGUGACCUCUCUGAUGCUGGCAAGCGGGGCCGCCGUAACAGCGUGGGAUCCCUGGACAGCACCAUUGAAGAUCAGAGCUGAGAGAGGGCAUUCCAUGGAGCCUCGGAAAGGAAGAAACCUGGACCUGCAACGCCGCUCGUGGCUUGAGGGUGGUGCCAGCUUCACCCAUGGGCCUUGCUGCUAGGGGUUCCACACCUCUCUUUCUCUUUCCUGCUGGCCACCUCCUCCUCGUCUUCCUCCUCCUUUUCUUCCUCCCCGCUCCUUUCUGAUUAGAAAGUGGGGUGUCUGCAGACAGUGUGGUAAACUUUGCAGAGAUGGGCAUUGCUACAUAAAGGAACCAGGUGCACAGGAGGGCAAAACUAUUUUCUGGAAUUCCCCACUUUGACUUUUCUCAAUACUUGCUGUGAGGAGGAGAGAGUCUGGUGCAGCUGCAUAGCCCUUAUCCCUGCCUUCCACAACCUGACUGCACAUCUGGAGGGCAUCAGGUUGGGGAAGGUCACACUAGGCAGACCUAGUAUACACCAUGAGCAGAGGAGUUCCAAGUUUCCCCAAAAGGGCAUCUUUGGCAGUGACAAAAUAGCACUGGCUGUAUGUAGGGAUGCAUUCAGUUCUGAGGAUUUGCUCUCCUGGCCCAGUCUGACAUCAGUCCAGGGACAAGUUAACCCCAUUCGUCUACUGUUUGGAUGAAACAAGGUAUCGUAGGUCAUGUGGGGGCAGCCAGGCAUUUGGUGGAUUUUGCACCUCCACACCUCCAUGUAUUUGUACUCUCUCCCCACAAACACCAGCGAAAACAAGACUCCUGGGGAGAGGACAGCACUGCUUUUUCUCUCGGGUUCAGUCUGUGCCUACCCUCCUGCACCAAGCCAAGGGUCUUGCCUCUGGAGCUGUUCUUCCCAGGGGGCUGCCAGCAUGCCCUUGCCCUGGUGGCCACUGAUCAGACCUGCCCAAAGAGUGUCAUUUUUUGCUGGGAGGGAUGACCAAAGGAGAGCCUCUUUUAAAAACAAAACCCAAAAUGAUAACUUUAGCUUUUUUAAGUAUUCUAAUUCAUAAAAGCAUUAUCUGGCCAUAGCCAGAUACUCGAGUAGCCCACAACUGGGGAAGAUACUCAUAAUAGAGAAGCGACUGAAACUGGAUUCGAGACCAGCCUUGCCCAACCUGCUCUCCUUCCAGAUGUGAACUGGCACCUGCUGCCUAGCCAGCUGUAUCCAACAGCUUUUGUGGGCAAGCUGGGCAAGGCCAGUUGAGCCUCGCAGUGCCACUUGUGGCCUGAAGGUGGUGCCGGUUUCACACCUGGCUUUGAUGCCAGGAAGGGCUUUCUUGCCAUAAUGAACUCUCAAAUUGAAGCAGAUUGCCCAAGUUCCAGUUCACACAGCUAGUAGCAGCCUGGGAUUCAUUGCUCCAUGGCUGUUUUUAAGCCAUUCUGUGAUACGUCUGGGAACGAGGGAGAUGGGGCUGGCUCAUCAGUCCACGGCAUGUGGAGCAGCCCUGCAGUGCCCCCCCCCCCCGCACAUGAUUGCAGGAUCAGUCUGGUUACUGGAGAAGCUGUGCUUUCCCCACUCCCAAUCAUUAUUAACUGGCCCUUCGACACAGCUAGACCAGUCAUACCAGUUUCUCAACACCAUGUGUAAUUAGAAAUAAUUUCAAAGGAAGUCAGGUUGUUUUGUUGGCUGUACACAUUUGGUAAUGCUGCAUGUAGGACACAGUUAAUGCAACAGAAAGGGGAAGGUGGCAAGCAGGGGAAGGCUUAAGUCUCCCCCACUCCUGUGCAUGGCAGCCUUCCUCCCUCCCGCAUCAUAGCUGAUCACAAACAGCAGUGUUGAGCAGAGCCCAAACUUGGCUUCCUCGCAGGUCUGGUGGCUGUUUGGCAAUGUCAGGGUGUCACAGCACACUGCCAGGCUGCUUCUGGUGUCAGCUGUGCAGCUGGGACUGCUGUGUCUGCUGCCUGUGUGCUCCUGUUCAUACCUGCAUUGCUUCCCUAAGACCAAGGAGUGGUUUCCUGCAGGCAGGGCAUCUGCAGGCAGAUCCCUCACUUUGUAGCAACAAGGCAGCUUGCACAUGCACACUCUGAGUUUUGUGGCCCUGUGAAUGCACAUGCAACAUCUGGGCAGGUUGCGUCAUCAGGGCCUCUUCAGCAUCUGGCCAUAUUUCCUCCCCCCUGCCUCCACAUGGGCCACCAACAUUCCUCCAGUGUAUUUUCUUGUAAACUUUUUGCUCAUGACAGUGUAUUUUCUUGUAAACUUGAAAAUGCUUCCACUGCUCUGCACCGAAGACACCCUGUCUGUUGACUGGCCCAUUAGGAAGCAAAAGCAGCCACCUGUCCCCCAUGGGGGGUGGGGGGUGGAGGUAGGUUCAGGCGUCUGGGGUGCUCCCUGCCCUUUUGAGGAAGAGAGGAGGAGGCUCUCCUUUUUAAUUUGCACAGGAUUUGUGAGUUUAUGCUGUUUACAUUAAAGGAUGGAAAGAGACGAGGUGUGGGAGAUACGUGAGGAAGAGGCAGGUCUUGUAUUUUUUGGGAAAUCCAGACAUGGGGGAGGGCACCUGUCUUGCCCACUCAGUUCUUAUUCAUAAAGGGCUAUUCUUACUCCCUUCCCCUCCCCACCCCUGCUGAGGGGUUUGCACUGAAUACAUUUUAAAGGGGGGGUUUGAUAUUCCCUGGCCUGUAUGAUUCCCCUCUCCAUUCAAUUAGGGAUGGGGGAGAAAUAGGAGUGGCGGGUGGGAUAGGAUGAUCUCCUCUCAUCCAAAUUGCUCUUUCAUCCUCAGUGUCUCUCCCUCUCCCUGGUGACCAAGGAAAGGCAACAAAGCCCCCUCCCACUGGUUCCUUGGGAGCUUAGAUGCACUUUAACCCCCCACUCCCUGCUUCCUUUGUUUCUGGGAAAAAUGGGAUCUAGUUUCUCCUGUUCCAAAGCCAAGCCUGUGAGGCCCACCCGAGCCUACCUUCCCCCUCAGCCUUCCUUCCCUGACUGCUACCUUCCCCCCCCCCACCCUCUUGUCUAGUAGGCUUAGAGACAAGAGAUUUUGUUAGCUACAGCUUUGGGCAAAGGGCAAUGGAGAGUGGCGUAAGGUUGCCAGAUCUUGUGUUUUUUUUUUUUUAAAGGAAAGGUAGUCUGAGUGAGCAGUGCCUGUUUGUGUAUUUUUAAAGAGAUGCUGCGGAUUUUGGAUGAAAGAAAGUAUUUUCAUGUUUAACUGAAUGUUCAAAUGCUGUUUCCCAAACUUAUGGUGAAGGAAACAGCCUGCUUUUCCUGAAUCAAAAUGAGAGGCCAUUCAGAACAGUGGCACAUGCCAAAACACUGCGGCUGGCUGCUCCAGAAAGUGGUUUCCCUUUGGGUGUUUCUGCUUUAGAGUGUAGAGAUCAGAAUGGCCUGGCUUCUGAUGUGGCAAAAGCAGAUUUGCAAAAACUUGGAUGAUUUUAAUUAUUUUAAGCCAGCCUUCCAUACCCUGAGAUGUUGGGCUAUAACUCCUAUCCUCAGCCAGCCUAGUUACCAUGCAAGUUAUAGUCCAAUGCCUCUGGAGGGCUUGAAGAUUGAGAAGACUGUUUUAAGAUAGGUUUCUUACAGUGCACUGGACAAUGGUGCCAGUGUGGCUCAGCAACCAGGUUCAGGAAAGACUGCUCAGAGGAGAGCAGGCUGCAUGAGAGGCAGAUUCCAGGCCUCUCAUGACUUGGGGCUGGGUGGGAAGUGCACAAGAGGACCAGUUAGUGGAGGGAUGGAGGUGGUGCUUGGAUUCACUGAUGUGCAGCCCACAGUCACCAUUCUGUGCUCCCCUUUUUUUGGCCACACCACCACUAACUGAUCACACCCCAGAGACUUGAGGGAAGGCAGGUGUUGGCUUCAGCUUUGCUGCAGCGGCUCCCACUUGCACCCUGCAAUGUCCUGGGCUUCUUCCCUCUUCCCUUCAUAGCCCUUGUCAGGUCUUCCCACCCUGUGCCCCACCCCCGAGCAUGCACUUUGUCCCUACCCUGCACUGCAUUUCCUGUGUUGGGUUUGUUGCUGUACAGAGAUUCCUAUGUAUAUACUAUAUAUUAUAAAUAUCAGCCUCUAGAGGGAGGGGGUGACCCCAGCCCAUGCAUUUUCAGCAGCAUGGGCCUCUACCCCUGCCCCUUCCCCCAGAGCUCAUGGUUGGAAGAUUCCAAACUGUAUUUUUCGGUUCCUUUCCUUCACCCAUCCACACCCCCUCCCCUCUGGCCCACUUUGUACAUAAGAAACUGUAUAUUUGAUGCUUCAUAAAUUGACCAAAUGUCCUUGCUGUGUGAA